AUGGUGCAAAAAUCUCCUCAGAAGAGGAGGGGUUCCAAGCUAGCAACCUACGAAAGCUGGAACAGUGCACCAGGGGCCCAGAAAGACAACUCCCCAGGGUCUGUGAUGGAUCUGGAUGCAGAGGCUGAACCCCUACUAGACAGAGAUGCAGGGGAGGCCAGCUCUUCCCAGUCCACCACUGCAGGAAUCACAGUGUAUCAAGAAAUACAGACACCCCUUGAGGUGCCAGCCCUGACAGCCCACGAGACUCACCACAUCUUCAUCAGUUACAGCAGCACAGACGCAGCCUGGGCCCGGGGACUGAUUCAGAAGCUGGAGGCCACCCUUCCUGAGCUGAAGGUGUGUUUCCAUGAGCGGGAUUUCAUGCCAGGCAAAACCAUAAUUGAGAACAUGGUUGAGUCCAUCCAGGGAAGCCAGAAGAUCCUCUUAGUCCUUAGCCCAGACUUUGUCCAGAGCAGGUGGUGCUUGCUGGAGGCCAACCUGUCCGUCUUCCGAGACUGCAUUGAAAGGAAGCCUGUGAUCCCUGUCAUGCUGCAGACCUGCUCUGUCCCACUGCACCUCACCCACCUGACCUACCUCGAUGCCAGUGAUGUGCACUUCUUUGACAAAGUCAGCAAGGUGAUCUGCACUCCCAAUCACCAGAUGCAGAAUGCCACCAUGGUGCCUUACAACCCCCCAUCCCUCUACAACGGGAAAGCUCUGCUGACCUUACAUGCAGUUAAUGAGGGCUUCCUACUGAAACGGUCAGGGGGUAUAUUCAGUGAUGUAGUCCCUGACCAGCUGAUCAUGGUGAGUGAUGAUCCUGCGUCAUACAGGGCAGCCAUCCAGAUGAUUAAUGAGAUUUCCUCUAGGACAGUCCCCUGUUCUCCUGCCAUCUGUUUUUUUGUGACUUGUGCCUGUCUGCUUGUCACCUUAAUAUUUUCCUUUUUUAUCAUUCUCAACAGAAGUCUGGACAAUUCUUCAUUUGUGUCAGAGCGUGAUUCAGUUGGGUAUAUGUUGCUCGCUCUGAUCGUAUUCACUAUUGUUGCACUUGGCAGCUGCAUUUACCACUACACAGCUAAAUUACCUAAUGUGAAACUUCUUGAAAUGUCCCAAGCUGCUGGCCUGGCCAACUACCUGCUGCAGAAGAGCUCCCUACUGAUGGGGUGCAAGUCCCGCGUGGAACUUCAUUUUGUCUACAUGUCCCUGGAGGGGUGUAGGAAGGAGUUUGCUGACACCUUUGGGGAGAGCAGCCCCUCUGCUUUAGAGAUGUUCCAAAGAGCCCUGCAUUAUUUCUCCUCUGAUUAUGCCUGCUGUGUAGCCAAGAAGUAUUUCCACUUCUCCUGGGCAGGGGGCAUGCCAGGGCACUGGGAUAAGGGGCCUUGUUUCUGCCAGUUUGUUUCUCACUGUGUGAGGGAAGGGUCCUGGUACUGGAAUGCUUCUUCUCACUCAGAAAGGAGAGUGAGAGAGAGAUAGGAUUUGAUUCAAAAUGGGGAUAUAGACGCCAGGCAGGAAAUUUGUUCUGGUGCUGGUUAUUUAAAUACCUACCCCUUCUUUGUUAAGGAUGAAAUCUUUGUGCAUGGGGGAAGAAAGAAUUCUCCUCUAGUUCCAUUAUCCCACCAAGGGAACAAUAUGCCUGAGGCCAAGCCAGGGACCCUCAGACAACCUUCCUGCUAUACAGGAUGUCAGAGUAUGGGCUAUUGAUGUGUCUAACUGAAACACCACAAGGACAGGUACAGAUUCAGGACUCAGAUUAAGUAUACAUUAGAGAUAUGUGUCUACAGCUGUAUGGGCUGACUGUUCAAAAUAAAAACAAUAUGUGGUAGUCUGGGAAAAUAGAGCAAAAUUUGCAGGUCAAGGCUACCAAUAUUGGGCUAGACCAUAUACAGAUAAUAAUUUUUUUGUAAAGUGCUAAUAGUAGUUAAAUGCAACAAUUGCAGUAACUUGGGGCAUUUGUACCUAUGCAAGCUCCACAGUGCUGGGUGCUUUGAGAACUGCGUUGCUUGCAGUUGUAUAC